AUCCUGCACAGAGCGAAGCGACAUUUGUUUGACGAGGCACUGUGCAGCAGAAGGUCGGUGUGGCUGUGACAUGGCCUGCAGAGCCGACACUGAGCUGAAACCGCAGAGCUUUAAAUUCACGGUCCUCUCUGAACAGAUAAACCAACUUGAGGAGGAUGAAUCUGCUUCACAGGUGACGGACUCUAACUCUGGGCCCGAUGUAGUCCCUGAUGCCGUUCUACGAGUGGAGGGAGAGAGUUUUUAUGUGAACCGUCACCGACUGGCUCUCCAGAGUCCCUACUUCAGGGCUCUGUUUUUUGGCUGUGGUCUGGAGAGCAGCAAAAGGAAGGUGGAGAUCAAAGGUGUGAGUCUGCAGCAUUUCAGGGUUUUGAUGGAAUACAGCAAGACAUCCAACCUAGCUUUAAACAGAGAAAAUGUCCUGGGGAUCCUUGAGACUGCAGACUUUUUACAACUGGAGCGAGCCAGGCUACUGUGCUGCAAGUUCCUGGAGCGCGAGCUGCACCUCAGUAACUGUCUGGGAAUGAUGGCGUACGCAUGGCGGCUGGGCUGCACUCAGCUCUACACGGCAGCACGGCAGGUGGUGCUCACACACUUCUCUGCUGUUGUUGCUGAAGAGGACUUCCUGUCCCUGUCUAAGGAGACUGUAGCAGACCUUCUUAACUGUGAUGACCUGGCCAUCCAUAAAGACGACCUGGCCCUGGAGGCCACCCUACACUGGGUCUCUUUUGACCCUAAACGAGAGGAACAUUUCCUGGAGCUCAUUCAGCUGGUGAGGCCUGAGUCGCUCUCUCUAACAUUUAUCACUGAACUUUUGACCAGGAUGAAAAGCUCUGACCCCAGAGCCAAGCUCAUUCGCAUUCUGGAUGAACAUUUCCCAACAUCCUGGUCAGUGGGCAGGUCAAUGACGAGGACCAGGGCCAGAGAGACCCUCUUUGUCCUGGGUGGACACCACGAUCAGGAGCAGCAGUCUCUGUACCAAUUUUUCCCCCUCAGUGGUAGAUGGCAGAGCUGUCCACCUCUGCAGAGGAAGAGCCUCACACAGUACUCGGUAGCUGCAGUAGGAGACAAUGUGGUUGUGACAGGCGGCUACUUCCGGGACGUGCUGUGGUUCAGUGUGGACUGGGUCAGGAUAUACGAGUGUGGAAACCAGCGCUGGGUGGAUGGGCCGGCCCUGCAGAAAUCCAGGCACAGCCACUGCUCCAUAGGCCUGGACUCUGUACUGUAUGUCCUGGGGGGCAGCAUGGAUGAAGGGCUUGUGGCCGAUGCGGAGAGGCUGGUCCUGGGGUCAGAAGAGGGCUGGGAGGCAGUCAGCCCCAUGGUUAGGGCUGUGGAGAGGGCAGCCACUGCUGCACUGGGGUCGUGUUUCUAUGUGGCGUGUGGCCUGGAUGAGAACGGGGAGGUGUUUGGAGGGAUUCAGAGGUACACGGUGAAGGAGGAUCAGUGGGAUGUGAUCUCAUAUUCUCCAUUUCCACGAUAUGACCUGGUUGCCACGGAGCUCAACGGUGCCCUCUACCUGUUUGGAGGACAAGCUUUGCGUUUUGAUGUGGAGACAGACGAGUGGACUCUGCUGGAGGAGGAAUGUCUGGACAGAAAGUUCUUUUGCGGCUGCACGACAGUCAGCGGCCAGAUCUACCUGGUCAGUGAGAGGGGGAUUAACAAAGCAUUUCCAAACAUGGUGCUGAUGGACCCUUACAUCGACACUUGCAUUGAGGUGGAAGAUGCCAUACCCUGCCCCGUGCCUAUCAGAGGGUGUGUCACCAUGAGGAUGAUCAUUUGA